UAUUAAGAUGGAAGUCAGGAUCUUUUGGAGUCUAACCCAGAAGUCUCAUCCCCUCAACUUUGAGAUUGCUUCCCAAGAGGAGUCUGCUGCUGACACUUCAUCAUCACAAGUCGGGGACGCCACUCAACACAGGAGGCAAGCUCUUGACUGUGACCGUGUGUUUGCCAACAUGGCCCCCAAAAAGAAGACUGUCAGAAAGAACAAAGGAGAAAUCAAUGAGAUGACCAUAAUUGUGGAAGACAGCCCCCUAAGCAAACUAAAUGCUUUGAAUGGAAUCCUAGAGGGAGGCAAUGGCCUUAGUUGCAUUUCUUCUGAAUUAACAGAUGCUUCUUAUGGCCCCAACCUCCUGGAAGGUUUAAGCAAAAUGCGCCAAGAGAGCUUCCUUUGUGACUUAGUCAUUGGCACCAAAACCAAAUCCUUUGAUGUUCACAAGUCAGUGAUGGCUUCAUGCAGUGAGUACUUUUACAACAUCCUAAAAAAAGACCCAUCUACUCAAAGGGUGGAUCUCAACGAUAUCUCACCGCUGGGCCUGGCCACUGUCAUUGCAUAUGCCUACACCGGAAAGCUGACUCUCUCCUUGUACACAAUAGGAAGCAUUAUUUCUGCUGCUGUUUAUCUUCAGAUCCACACCCUUGUAAAGAUGUGCAGUGAUUUUCUGAUACGAGAGAUGAAUGUUGAGAAUUGUAUGUACAUUGCUAACAUUGCUGAGACGUACUCUCUGAAAACUGCAAAAGCAGCAGCCCAAAAAUUUAUCCGGGAUAACUUCCUUGAAUUUGCAGAGUCAGAUCAGUUUAUGAAACUUACAUUUGAGCAAAUUAACGAACUUCUUAUAGAUGACGACUUACAGUUGCCUUCUGAAAUAGUAGCAUUCCAGACUGCUAUCAAGUGGUUAGAAUUUGACCAAAAGAGAAUGAAAUAUGCUGCAGAUCUUUUGAGCAAUAUUCGCUUUGGUACCAUCUCUGCACAAGACCUGGUCAAUUAUGUUCAGUCUGUACCAAGAAUGAUGCAAGAUGCUGAUUGUCACAAACUUCUUGUGGAUGCUAUGAACUACCACUUACUUCCAUAUCAUCAAAACACAUUGCAGUCGAGGCGCACGAGGAUCCGCGGGGGCUGUCGCGUCCUCAUCACUGUUGGGGGACGCCCAAGCCUUACUGAGAAGUCCCUUAGUAGAGACGUCUUGUAUAGAGACCCUGAAAAUGGAUGGAGCAAGCUCACAGAGAUGCCCGCCAAGAGUUUUAAUCAGUGCGUGGCUGUGAUGGAUGGAUUUCUCUAUGUGGCUGGUGGUGAAGACCAGAAUGAUGCAAGAAAUCAAGCCAAACAUGCAGUCAGCAAUUUCUGCAGAUACGAUCCCCGCUUCAACUCCUGGAUCCACCUGGCCAGCAUGACCCAGAAGCGCACGCACUUCAGCCUGAGCGUGUUCAACGGGCUCCUUUACGCAGUGGGCGGCCGCAACGUAGAGGGCAGCCUGGCCUCCGUGGAGUGCUACGUGCCCUCCACCAACCAGUGGCAGCCGAAGGCGCCCCUGGAGUCCUCCGCGCUGCUCGGCCGCGCCUACCUGGUGGGCGGCUGGAACGAGGGCCAGAAGAAGUACAAGAAGUGCAUCCAGUGCUUCCACCCCGAGCUCAACGAGUGGACGGAGGACGACGAGCUGCCCGAGGCCACCGUGGGCGUGUCCUGCUGCACCCUCUCGAUGCCCAACCACGUGACCCGGGAAUCCCGAGCCAGCUCGGUGUCCUCCGUGCCAGUCAGUAUCUGACGCCGGGUAGAUGCGGAGGCGCGGCAAGAACAACUCUUUAUUCGUGGUUAACCUUUGAGUUAGCGCAAAGGAAAAUAUGUAACAUUUACUGCAACGAUCGUAUUUUAAGAUAUAUCGAGGCAUACGUCUUGAUGGUUUUAAUUCCUGGUAUGACAUGAUCUACCUCCUUUUUUUUUUUCUUCUUUAAAGCAAAAUUCUGGGCCAUUGCCAACAAAGAAAAAUAGAAUUUACUUCAGCGGCCACUAGGGGGCAGACAGAGUCGUUGUAGGCACUCUUCCCCGCGGCAUGUUUCCCAAACGUAUAGCGGUUACACCCACAUUUGAGAAGUUCCCUCUUUGCUUAAGUACUUAAUACUUAUGAUGACACUUAUGUGAGUAAGUGACUUCAUGUACAAGUUUAUUUCCCCCUCUCUUUCUUUAGGAAGCUGAAAAUAGUCAUUGGUAGGUUUUAUUGUAAAAUGGAACUCCAUAAAGACUUAAGAUUUAAUUCCAUAUUUCAGUGCAGUGUCUUUUCCUGUCCAUGACUGAGUGAAGGAUGUUGAAAGGCAUCCCAUGACAACGUCCUAAAGCUUAUAGCGAAGUCUGACUGGAAAGUAAGGGGAUUCCACCCCGGGGCUGUCAAGGUGAUGCCUUUGGUUUAUCCCUGAGCCCCUUCUUCCUGCAUGCCUCAAGCCCCAGUGUAUUUCCACCAUACAAGUCUGCUCUGGAAGAAGGAACUAAUGCUAGUCAUUUAGUUUCUAGCGUAAAUUUGAAUCACUUGUCCUUUCGCCUAGAAGUAUUUGCACUUUAAGCCGUGCUCCCUAUUAAAGGAAUUGCAAGUAUCUUGGGAGCCUUACUCUCACCCUAAAACCUAUACCAAGAUGACUAAAUGCAACCUUGACCCUAAUGUAUGUUCCAGGAAGAACACCAAAUAAAACUAUGUCCUUAAGAAUCAUUAACUUCAAGUUUAUAUAGCCUGAAGGUUAUAUAAGCCAAUAACAAUAAUUUGAUUUCACUCACUCUUUUACAUAGAUGAAAAUGGAAACAUCUGGAAUUCUUGGAUUUAGCCAUAACAGGAGGAGUGGGUUGUCCUGUUGGUAAAUGCCAUUGUUUCUCAUUAAUGCCAUUGUUUCUGAUUUUUUAAUUAAAAAUAUAAUACAUUCAUUUCACAUGGAAAUAUUAAAAUAACAUAUACCUAUUCUUGUAUAUAUUGUUAACCCCACCUGCUCCAAUUUAGCUUUGCAAAUUAAAGUGUAUCCACUUGA